AUGAAGAGCCUCGUCAUCAUCGCGGCCCUUGCCACCGGCGCCGCCGUCCUCCCCUGCGCCAGGCCUCUGCUCCGCGUCUUCCGCGAGGAGGGUCACUCGCAGGGGACGGCGACGGGGACGGGGAUGGAGCGCUUCGCCAGCAUGACCCAGGUGGCGAGCUUCACCGGGGCCGCCGCCUUCCUCCUCCUCGCCGUGUCCGGUGACCUCUACAUACAACGCGGCUCCCUCGUCGACGUGUCCGUCGGCGUGGCCGCGGUCAUCGGCACCGUGCUUCUUGCCCGCUUCACCUUCACCCGAAAGGCACGUAAUGCCGCCGGCGCAGGUGGCCACGCUGCCCCUGCUUCUGCCGUGGACACGCGGCGCGUCGGCGGCAAGCUGACGAGGCUGGCGCCGUACCUGGCCGCCGUCUCCUUCGCCCUCCUCUGCUGCCUCGUCCUCACCACGUAUGCGCCGCUCAAGAGCGGGCCCGAUGGCGCCAUGUACCCAUGA